UUAUAAAAAUGUCGAAUGGUAAUGAUAUAUCACUUUAUAAAAAUAAUUCAAAUAUUCCAAAAUUAAUAACAAUACCAAAGCUACAUCAAAUGAAGAAGGAAGGUAUUCCUAUUGUUUCAUUAACUGCUUAUGAUUAUUCAAUGGGAAAAGAAAUGGAUCAGGCAGGAGUUGAUGUUAUCUUAAUCGGAGAUUCACUUGGUUGUGUUAUACAAGGAAAACAAAAUACUUUAUCCGUUAGUCUUGAAAAUAUUAUAUAUCACACAAAAAUUGUCUCAAAAGGAAUUAAAAGAGCUUUAUUAGUUGCUGAUUUGCCUUUUUCUUGUUCUUAUAGUGUUGAAAAAGUCAUUGAAUCAUCUGUUUCUUUACUUACUAACGCUGGGGCAACAGCAGUUAAAUUAGAAAUACCUUCGAAUUCUGAUUUACAUUUAAAAAUGCUAAGAGAACUUAAUUCUUUGUCUAUUCCUGUUUUUGCACAUAUCGGAUUAACUCCACAAUCUGUACAUUCACUCGGUUAUACAUACAUAUUAUUUAAUUCUUUUAAUUAA